UCUGUUUUUCAGAAAAACUUCUUCGUCUCAGAGAGAACGGACCGAGUGGAAAAGCAACAGAUCCGAGGGGCGUUUUGUGUUGUCGAAUAAAAUCUCAAUCGUCUCUUAGGAUAAGCUGUGCUGACGGGGAUGCUGGGGGUGUCAGAGAUGACGGGCAGCAGCAUGGCCAGUGCCCUGGCAAAUGCCUCGUGUGAACGGUGUAAAUACGGAUUUGCCCCAGCAGAGAAGAUCGUCAACAGCAACGGCGAGUUGUAUCAUGAACAGUGCUUUGUCUGCGCACAGUGUUUCCAGCAGUUUCCUGAAGGGCUCUUUUAUGAGUUUGAGAAAAGGAAAUACUGUGAGCAUGAUUUCCAGAUGUUGUUUGCUCCCUGUUGUCACCAGUGUGGAGAGUUUAUAAUUGGGCGUGUGAUUAAGGCCAUGAAUAACAGCUGGCACCCUGACUGUUUCUGCUGUGAUAUCUGCCAAGCCGUGCUUGCCGAUGUUGGAUUCGUCAAGAACGCCGGCCGCCAUCUCUGCCGUCCAUGUCAUAACCGCGAGAAAGCUCGGGGCCUCGGGAAGUACAUCUGUCAGAAGUGUCAUGCCAUCAUCGAGGAGCAGCCCCUCAUUUUCAAAAACGACCCCUACCAUCCCGACCACUUCAACUGCAGUAACUGUGGUAAGGAGCUGACCGCCGAUGCUCGCGAGCUGAAAGGGGAACUUUACUGCCUCCCCUGCCAUGAUAAGAUGGGCGUGCCGAUCUGCGGAGCCUGCAGACGUCCUAUUGAGGGCCGUGUGGUCAACGCCAUGGGCAAACAGUGGCAUGUUGAGCAUUUUGUCUGUGCCAAGUGUGAGAAGCCUUUCCUGGGACACCGUCAUUACGAGAGAAAAGGACUUGCUUACUGUGAGACUCACUACAACCAGCUCUUUGGUGAUGUUUGCUAUCAUUGCAACCGUGUGAUCGAAGGAGAUGUGGUGUCGGCUCUAAAUAAGGCUUGGUGUGUGAAUUGCUUCUCGUGCUCGACCUGUAACACCAAGCUCACCCUCAAGAACAAGUUUGUGGAAUUUGACAUGAAGCCGGUGUGUAAGAAAUGUUACGAGAAGUUUCCUCUGGAGCUGAAGAAGAGACUUAAGAAGCUGGCAGAGCCUGUAGGCCGCAAGUAGACCUCUUCGUCCACAGCGGGAGUCAAAGGAUGGUCAAUUUUUACAUCUGUGGUGCUUAAGACCAAACUAAAUCUGGACCGCAAAUGAUCUCGGCUUAGUCGUAGAAGUGUGUCUUACAUGCUUGAAUUUUGUUUUUUCAUGGCAGAAAGUAGCCAGCAGAUUUUCUUUGGUCUCACACCAACAGAUGUUCUUGUGUCUUAACACUCUGCAACCAAAACCAAACAAAUACUUUUAUAUUGUUUAUUGAUAUAUAUGUACUUGCAUGUUUAUAAAGAUAAUACUAGUUACAUUUACACUGUUCAGAGUGAUUAUUCAGCACGUUUGUUACUUCUGUUGCCUCAUAUGCAGUGCCACAGAGCUUUUUCUCAAGGCUGAACCCCUUUGUGUCCUGACCGUGGGCCCAGCUUUGAUGUAUUAAUCUGAGAGUUGUAUUUGAUUUUUAAUGUAUGCUCAAGCCUCAUAUUUUUCUGUCAGACAGGGGAUCAGAAGCUAACGCAUGAUGUAACGAGCCUGGAGCAACACAAGCUCUAAACCAAACUUUUUGCUCAGCUGAAAGUGCUGAGGCUGUGAAAUCUCCUCCCCAGCUUAAAUGAUCUUGCUUUAUUAAAGCCUUCGCUGUGUUCUCGAAAUAUGCAAUAAAUUAGACCACUUACAUUUCUUCUGAGAGGUUUAUGAACUAUGUUGACUGUCUUGCGUCAUAACAUCCUUGUCUUUUUCAUUUUGUUUUAAACUUUAGUUUUAUGACAUGCCUGCCUUAAGUUUCUGGAGAAAAAUGCCUUUUAUACUCUUCGGAUAUAAUGAACUUGUGCCUUGCGUAUUAUCUACAUUAACAGUUAUUACUUAUAAUUUUUGUAACAAUUGACUAAACUUACUCUUCGGAUAUAAUGAACUUGUGCCUUGCGUAUUAUCUACAUUAACAGUUAUUACUUAUAAUUUUUGUAACAAUUGACUGAACUUAAACAUGAUUUUACGGUCUUUGAUUUCAUAAUGUUUUUAAGUUUGAAAGAUAUUUUAAAAAGUUGACACUCAACCUCACUACAUGUCUACUUAAAUUCACAUUAUUAUAUUUUGAUUAUGCAUUAAGCUACUUGCUAAUUUGUUUCUUAAAGCAAGAUUAUUAUGGUCAGACAUUUCAUUUUAAUUAAGUUAUUUUUAAAAGCCAUUGCAAAACUACUUUAUGAAUUCAUCAAAGUCUGCAUUCACUGAAUGACACAUUUUGGCAAAAUAUGUAUCGAUAUGCUUGUUGGCAGCUUUUAAAUAAUAAAUCUCACUAUGUUCUGUAUGUAAUAUUAAAAUAUAUUAAUAAAGCAUGUACUAUUUCUGA